CAGCAGAACACGGCGGUUCCGACCAAGAUGUCGCCGCAGCCACCGCAACAAAUUGGCUUGCCAUGGCCCGAGCUCAACGAUGGUUUAACAUACAAAGAUGUCGUCUCAUCUUCUGACUCAGAGUUAACGACGGUGUCAGAUUUCUACUACACCAAGUACAAGAGCUCAGCUCCAUUGCUUGGGUGGAUUCAACGAAUCCAAAACGGACAGAUACAAGUUGACGGUGAAGUUGUAAAAGAUCCCAACACACUCCUUAGGAGUGGUUCCAAGUUAGUUUACCGUAGGCUUCCUUGGAAGGAACCUGACACGCCUCACUUGCUAGAUAUUUUGUACCAAGACGAUGAUUUGAUCGCUUUAAACAAACCGUCUGGACUCCAAGUGUUGCCAGGAGGGCUUUUCCAGCAAAGGACUGUGUUGACACAACUGCAAUGGUGUUUUGGUGAAUCGCACCCUGUCCCUGUACAUCGACUAGGGAGAGGAACAUCAGGUAUACUUCUCUGUGCAAAGACCAAGCUUGCUAAAACUAAACUUUCAGCUUAUUUUGCUGAGGGGACGUCUCUUGUUGGGUCUGGCAACAUGGGUCAAGAGUGUGGAACCGUAAGAAAAAUAUCAAAGAUAUAUCGAGCACUAGCGAGUGGUAUAGUUGAAGAAGACAAGGUAGUUAUCAAACAGCCUAUUGGGGUGGUUCGAUAUCCUGGCGUAGCAAAAGGAUUAUACGUUGCUUCUUCUGAAGGCAAACCUUCUUUCAGCAAAGUAAUCGUUUUGGAAAGGGACAGGCAGAGAGAUUGCACGCUGGUUAAGGUAGAGAUACAAUCUGGAAGACCACAUCAAAUUCGGAUUCAUCUUGCAUUCAUUGGACAUCCCUUAGUAGGGGACCCACUUUAUGUUGCGGGAGGACAACCAAAGGGUGUUGAUCCAGAUCUUGUAGAUGCUGCUUCUACUCCUUCUUUUGCUGCAGAUGGGGGAUACCGAAGACCGAAUCAAGCUGUUCCUGGGGAUUGUGGAUAUCAUCUUCAUGCACAUGAAGUAGAGAUACCAAACCUGUUGAACACUCAUAAGUUGUCCAGCUAUCUAAAUCAGCUGAUAAAUCAUAUGUCUGCAGGUUUUAAAGGUAGUGGCGCCAUUACCACCAAUCCUCCAAACAAGUUACUUGGCUGAAGAAAAAGGCCUUUCCUCAUGCAAGUUAAAGUUGAGUUAGUCUUCCACCAGACAACAUUAGAUGUUAUUCUUCUUCAAGAGUUAUCUCUCUUUCCAUGUUAUUGUCAGCAACAAUACAAAUACAAACAUCAUCUAUGGAUUUUGUGGAGGCACCUAACUUAAGUUGAACCAAAAGAAGGAAAACAAAAUGCCUAUAUCGACUGACAUUUCUAAAUUAA